GAGUCUGAAUCGAGGUCGCUCGCUGAGCUCGCCGAUUCGUUUAGUAGGCCCGUUCCGGUCCGUUCACGUGUCACGUCAGAAUCCCGUCUCUCAUUGAGGAAUGCUGGAGCAAAUACUGACCGUUUUAUGCAAUGGUUGGUUUUGCUUUAACAACUCGGCACCGAGGACAACAGAGAGGCGAUUUUUCUCGGCAGUACAGACUGCAUCCCCACUCCUGAGGCAUCAUUUCCAUGCUUCAUGGCAUUGCCAUGUGGAAGGUAGCUUAAUCUCCCAUCGUUUGCCUUUUGGUCCACCCCAUGUCUGAGGACAGUAAUCCAAAGCACUACCUGUACUCAACCCUGAAAGGGUGCGAAAGGAACCGGGAAAGGGUCGACUUCCAGAUGGAGGAAGAGGAAGGCUCUCCCUGCGGCUCCAUUAGCCAACUUCACCGCAUGGCCGACAGUUACAAGGGUUGUGGCGGACGGGAUGGAGUCGAACUGGAAGCAGAGUUGGGAUUGGCCUCCGAGGGGAGCGACAGCAGCCAUGAGCACCCGGCCUUGUCGGGCUCCCCGCACACCGACAGGAAGCGGCCACGCCCACCCUUACACGAGGAUGUAGAGAUGGGAGGCAGUGGCUCGAGUGGGAGCGGGACAGAAUCCCAUGGUAACGAGUCGCAUGGCAAUGAGUCCCAUGGCAAUGAAUCUGUGGGCAGCUCAAAUGCCAAUGGCAAGGAUUCCGCUUUCUUGGAGUCUUCAUUGAGCAACAAGAGCUCAAACUCUCACAGCCCCUCGCCGCCAAGCAGCUCCAACGCCUUCAGUCUGGUGAGCUCCGAGCAGGACAACCCUUCAACCAGCGGCUGCAGCAGCGAACAGUCAGCCAAAGCUAAGACACAGAAGGAGCUCUUCAAGACCAUCAAGGAGCUGAAGACGCACUUGCCGUCGGAAAAGAGGAGCAAGGGCAAGUCCAACACUGUCAACACGCUCAAAUAUGCGCUGCGAUGUGUCAAACAGGCGAAAGCCACUGAGGAAUACUACCAGUUGCUGAUGAUUAAUGACAGUCAACCGCCAGCGUUUGAUGUAUCAUCCUACACCAUCGAAGAAAUCAACAGCAUCACCUCUGAAUACACCCUCAAAAACAAUGAUAUUUUUGCUGUUGCCGUCUCACUCAUCACGGGGAAAAUUGUUUACAUCUCGGACCAGGCGGCGUCCAUCUUGAACUGCAAUCGGGACGUGUUUAACAAUGCCAAGUUUGUGGAGUUCCUGUCACCUCAGGACGUCAGCGUGUUCUACAGCUUCACCACGCCCUACCGCCUGCCCUCAUGGAGGAUGUGCACCGAAGCAGACUCGUCUCCCACAGAGUGCAUGCAGGAGAAAUCCUUUUUUUGCCGCAUCAGUGGUGGUAAGGAGCGUGAAGGAGAUUUGCAGUACUAUCCUUUCCGUAUGACUCCAUACCGGAUGAAAGUCCAGGAUGCUGAGCUGGCUGAAGAACAGUUCUGCUGCCUCCUGCUGGCCGAGAGGGUGCACUCUGGAUACGAAGCACCCAGAAUUCCUACUGACAAGCGUAUCUUCACCACCACACACACACCCAACUGUGUAUUCCAGGAUGUGGAUGAGCGGGCUGUUCCUCUGUUGGGUUACCUCCCUCAGGACCUCAUUGGGACCCCUGUGCUACUCAAUCUGCACCCAAGUGACCGACCCUUGCUGCUGGCUGUGCAUCGGAAAAUUCUGCAGUAUGCUGGUACGCCAUUCGAUUACUCCUCGAUCCGUUUCUGUGCGAGAAACGGUGAGUACAUCACCAUUGAUACCAGCUGGUCCAGCUUCAUCAACCCCUGGAGUCGCAAGGUCUCCUUUGUCAUUGGCAGGCACAAAGUCCGCACGGGUCCUGUGAAUGAAGAUGUUUUUGCAGCACCAGCUUUCCACGGAGGGAAGAUCGUGGACUCAGACAUCCAGGAAAUUAGUGAACAGAUCCACAGGCUGCUACUCCAACCGGUCCACAACAUAGGUUCUAGCGGUUAUGGUAGCCACGGCAGCAAUGGUUCCCAUGAGCAGCUGGUGAGCAUCAGCUCGUCGGGCGAGAGCAACGGGAACGUCGUGGCUGGGAACCCAGCGGAGGAGACAAACAAGGCCAAGCCUUCCAGGACGUUCCAGGAGAUUUGUAAAGGGGUCCACAUGCUGAAGAACCAGGACUCCCAGGUCUGCCUGCGCUUCCCUCCCCCUUGGCCCUCACUUUCGCCAUCCAAGCCUGAGCAGAAGAAGACCUCUGACCCAAUAGUGGCAGCUCAGAAGAGUCCAGCGGUGCGUUUGAAAGACUCAGCGCCCCCUCUGCAGGUCAGAGACAGUACUGCAGCCAGCAUGGAGGACUUCACCUGCAAGGACCAGACUGUCUGCUCCUACCAGCAGAUCAGCUGCCUCGACAGUGUCAUCAGGUACCUGGAUAGUUGUAACAUCCCCAUCACAGUGAAGAGGAAGUACCAGUUCUCCAACUCCGAUGAUGACAAAAAGGGCUCAGAGGAUGGCAUGGAAGUGCCUCAGGACACAAACCCAGACCCUUUGAUGCUAGAUGCCCAGCCAGGCCUGUCAAACCUGAAAGCACUUAAGAAGCCUUCAUCUGGGGCAGUGGCUGUGGUGGGAGGCCCCCUGGCUCCCCUCACCCUACCAAGCAAGGCUGAGAGCGUGGUGUCAAUCACCUCACAGUGCAGCUACAGCAGCACCAUCGUCCAUGUGGGAGACAAGAAGCCUCAGCCAAAGUCUGAGAUCAUCGAGGACGUGGUCGAAAGCCCUGCGCCCCCAGCUCUGCCUGUCAGCGUGGUGACUCCCCCCAGCCAGGAGAAGGAGGCCUACAAGCGGCUGGGACUGACCAAACAGGUGCUGGCUGCACACACCCAGAAAGAAGAGCAGGCCUUCCUUAAUCGCUGCCGAGAGCUCUGCAACGCCAGGACCUUCCAGAAGGACUGUUUCACAUAUCACCACAAGCAGAGAGGUCCAGCCAGUGCUGAAGAAUCAUCUGGUCUACGAAGUUCUGCCAAACAAGGCACCACCAGGCCUGAGACUACUGCCAAGAAGGGCAACCGCAACAGGAAGACCAAUAAGCCACGGAUGAAGCAUCCUGAUUCGUCAGACAGCGCCGUAUCAAACCGCAAACCCCGGCCUCCUCUCCAGGGUCUCAACCAAACCUCGUGGUCCCCAUCAGAAACAUCCCAGUCAGCUUUUAAUGUCUCCUACCCAGCCAUGGGGCCUGCCUAUCCGCUCUACCCCACUGGACCUGCAGCCCCAGCUCAGGCCCCCUGCCCUGACCCCUCCCUUUCCACAGGCUUUGGAGAGGGGCAGAGCACUCAAGCCCCACCUACUGCUGCUCCAUUUGGCGCAACCAUUGUUACACCUGUGGUAGCUCUGGUGCUACCCAAUUACCUCUUCCCCCAAAUAGGACAGUUGGGUCAGAUUGGGCAGCUGGGGGCUGCUCCUAGACCAGCGUUUUUCCCUGAGCAGACCCAGACGCAACCUGCAUACACUUCUCAGCAGCUCUUUCAGCCCCCACAGCCAGGCUACGCCAUGCAAACACAACCGCCGUUCCCUGUGCAGACUGCCUUUACCCCCCAGCAGCCAUUCCAAGCCGCUCCCACCCCCUUCACUACCCCGCAGCCUUUCCAGGCCGCUCAGACUGCCUAUACUACCCCGCAGCCUUUCCAAACCACUCAGACCCCAUACACUACCUCGCAGUCUUUCCAAACCGCACACACCCCCUACACUACCCCCCAGCCUUUCCAGGCCCCUCAGACUGCCUACACUACCCAGCAGUCCUUUGCUGCCCAGCCUUCUUUUCCAGUGCAGACUCAGUUUGUGACCCAAGCCCCAUAUCCUGCCCAGUCCUUCCCUAUGGCCAUGGAGCCCCAAGAAGGGGCGGCAUCUCGUUCCGCCACCCCAGCCUCUGGAGCGAGAGAGCCCGUCACGUCCCCGCAACUGUUUGAGUCACGCUGCAGCUCGCCCCUGCAGCUCAAUUUGCUGAGCACGGAGGAGGGACAGCGCUCAGUGGAACGGCAGGACAGCGCAGCGCCCCUCGCUGGAUGCCCCGGCUACAGUACAGUAGCAGCAUCGGGGGCAGCUGGAGCAGCAGGGGAGAAGAACGAAAAUCCCCAACAGGUGGAGUCUCCAGAAGAUCGGGCUCACAGUGACGGUAACUCCUCAUCCUGUGACUUGCUGGACAUCCUGCUUCAGGAGGACUCCCACUCUGGGACCGGAUCAGCCACGUCCUGGCCACCUGGCUCAAUGGCCUCAGGAUCGGGCUCAGGCUACAACGGCUGUGGUACAUCAGCUAGUGGAGCUUCUGGCAGCAGAACAGGGAGCAGCAACACCAGCAAAUACUUUGGCAGCAUUGACUCUCUGGAACACAACUCCAGGGCCAAAGCCAAGACGAGCAGCAAAGGAGGCUCUGAAGGCGGCCAGUCACAGACCAAGGUCUCAGUCCAAGGCAAGGGAGAACUUUUCAUCAAAAAUGUUCUCCAGGAGCCCCUCUGGCUGCUGAUGGCAAAUGCUGAUGACAAGGUCAUGAUGACAUAUCAAAUGCCAUCCAGGGACAUUCAGAGAGUUCUGCGAGAAGACAAGGAGAGGCUGAGGCAGAUGCAAAAGAGCCAGCCUCACUUCUCCUCAGACCAGCGACGAGAGCUAGUGGAGGAACACCCCUGGAUGAGGAGGGGAGGUCUACCUGCUGCUAUCAAUGUAAAGGAGUGUAUGUACUGCGAAGACGCCACAGCAGCCCCAUUCGAGGAGGACCUGUCACACAUGGAAAUGGGCGAGCUGGGCGAGGAGCUGAGCCAAGAGGUCCAGAACGCCCUAAGCCAAUCAGAGGAGUCUCAGCCUCAAGCAGACACUGGCUGCUGAAGGAGCACGCCACCAGCAGGGGGACACACCAGCCAUGGACCUUUGUGAUGCGCACACACACACACAUUGUAAAUGUGAGACAAACCGCUAUGUGCCUGACCAUCUUUACAAACACAGCAUUAACUCAAGCACAACUCUGUGUUGCCAUUGUGGUGAAAAUGAGGAUGUGUGCUGCUUGUGUGUUGUGCGGAGGACUGCUGCUGAAGUGCAGUUCUUGAGCUGCCCAUACAGGGGGCGGUAUCGCUUUAUGUGGGUCUUUGUAUACAUGACCCUCAUGGUAUAGUCCUUUUUCUCUCUCUCUCUCUCUCUCUCUCUCUCUCUCUCUCUCUCUCUCUCUCUCUCUCUCUCUCUCUCUCUCUGAAAGAACCUGGGCACAGCCUGUGUAGUUGGUGACCUUUGACCUACCAAAUAUUUGUAAAAAUAUAUAUAUAUAUAUAUAUAUAUUAAUAUAUUUCAUUGUUUCCCAUCCUUCUUGUCAGAGGCAGAGCUUUACAGCAACAUGAGCAAUUAUUAUUCUAAAAAAGGUAAUAGUUAAUUGGCAUUCUUUUAAAAAUCUUAUAAAUAUAUUUGAUUUUAAAUUUUAAAAUUUUAAAUUUUGACAGUAUAACUGUCUUAAAAUAAUUACAAAAUGUUAAUAAGCGGAUGUUAAAAUAUCUGCUGCCAGUUAUGUUUGUGUUUUCUUGUUUUGCCACAUGGUCUUAUUCAAGCCCCCUCAAACCCCCUUUGUUUUCCCAUUUUUGACUAUGUAGAAUAGUUCAGUCAGGACCACUUUGUCAAAAUAGAUUCGUUCAUCUGCAAUUUGUAUUUGGCGGUAUGGCUCUGUUCUGGGGCCUCCUCGCACUUCCACGUGCAUACGUGGAAAGCCUUAAGCGGGGACAGCACCGACAGAACAGAGCAGCAUCAAUGACAGAGACUAAGUCCGAUAACAUGAAUUUAAAAGAGGAGCUGGGGGUGGAGGUGGGUUGCAAGCGCUAGCAGAGAUGCAGCAAGCUAGGCUGGGAAAAGCAGUUUAAAUAGAGCGCGCUAUUUGGUAAUCCAAUCAAAAGAGGGAAUCAGCUGAGCCAUCAGUUGGUGUUCUGGCUUAGGAGCUGUAAGCUAUGAGUUGAGAUUAUAGCCGAGCUUGACUCUGUGACCUGCCGGAACUUACACUAUGCUUCAUUCAUGGUGCACGUUGGAUGAUGUAGGCUGGGUCCAAAUGAAGGGAGCCCCACCUCAGUAUAAUGGGCGAGUUUUUAUCUCCCUACUCCUCAUCAAAUUGAGUAUUUGUAAUAUCCAGGCACAGAGCAGUGGUUGCACCUGACUCAACAGGCCGCCGAAUGACACACAGGCUGAUAACUUUCCUAAACAGUGAUAAAUCGCACAAGCUAUUCAUUUUAUUAUCUUUUUUAUUUUCUACCAGAUAAUGUAUCUAGAAUAGAUUGUUUUCAGCUAAAGCCAAAUCCAUUCUAUUAAGAGGCGGUACUUGUAUGAAGAAAAAAAAAACAUAGACCUUAAAAAUAGUGGACCUAGCCUCAGUGCUGUCACCAAUUGGUUUGUGGACUGACGUUUUGAAGCCAGGAGUUUGCAUUUUGGCCAUCACAAUCUUAGUAUUUUGGAGCCAGAAGUGACCACGUUCAGCAGAAUGUAAGACAAUUAUAAUUUAAUAUGUAAUUUCUAGGCGACCAAAGUGUUCCAAUUAACUUUGAUGAUGUGAAAACACACAUUGAGAGGGUCGCAGUUUAAGAUUAAAACACAGACAACUUCCAAAAACAAGUUCACAGUUGUUUUAGUGUAUACAGUUCCAUGAAUAUGCAUUGCUUAAGCCUCUAUCAUGAUUGACAGGUUGGCGUGUAGCCACGCCCCUAAAGCAUCCCCUGCUUCAUUGUCUUAUUUUAAAAUAAAUGUGACCAUAAUUUACUAAAUGAGCAUCAUAGUGUUGUUAAGAAAAUGUUUACUAAGAUAAUAAAUCAAGUGAAAAGUAGGGUCCUUUCCCUAUAGACUAAUAUAGAAACCGACUUUUUUGGGAGCCAGUGGAGUUGCCCCCCCUGCUGGAAAUGAGGUAGAACGCAGGUCUUGGGCACUUCUGCAUUGGCUUCACUUCUCAGGCACGGAAGUUGCCGAUCACUAUAAACUGCAGGAUAUUUGAGUCCCUUUAAGUUGACAACUAUAAACUGGAGUUAGCUAGUCCUUUUCACUGAAAAACUUCAAAGUGUUGUAGGUCUCUGCAGAACCUUAAAA